AUGGCACAAGUGCUACGCAAUAGUAGACGUGAACCCCGGUCACUGAAGAUGUGGGGAGACCGGAAGAAGGCUAUUAUCAAGCGAUAUCCUGAUGGUAGACAAGAAAUUAUUGUUCCACAGAUCCUAACUCCAGAGCAAGAACAUUAUCAAUUUCCUCCUCGGUCCAAAUUUCUUAAAAGAUUAGCAGUGUCUACAGCAAAGCGUCAACGUUUAUCAGUUAUUCAAAGCCCUAUAGCAAGUGAUAGUAUGCAUCAGUUACCAAACCAAGACACUAUAACAGCAUUAGAAAUGAAACAACCUGAUGAGUUAGCCAUCAAGAAAUGGUUUUCUAAAAAUGAAGAUAAUAAACCGCUGUCUAAGGCAAAUAAAGAGCUUGAAGUUAUUAACUGGAUUAAUGAAGUGGAGAGAUCGUCUAAAGGAGUACCAUCAUCUACAAAAAAAGAGUCGUAUCAACGUUCUAUUGCAUCUGUUAAGCCAAUACCUUCAUCCACCUUCUCUUCAUGCUAUAGUAAUCAUAAAAUUGAAUUCAAGAGUGAAGCGGGAAAACGAUGGGCAACAAAUAAUAUUAUCACAAGUACAACAUCACUUUUACCUCCUGAUGAAACAUAUCAUAACCGUUACAUAUCUAGAAAAGUGCUUUUGCAUCUACCUAGACUACGAUCGCAUAAUAAGGAAUCUACACAACCUGUCGCUACUUCCACUGAUACAACGUCUAAAGUCCAAAUCAUUUGGAAGGAUUACAAGUCAAUAUCAACGCCACCUAAUUUAACAAUAAAAAAUAAAAUGGGAGAGAACACAUCUGUAACUACUGAUCUGAUGCAAUUAUUUCAUAUGCUUCAUGAUUCUCUCAAAUUAGAACAGCAAAAAUCAAAUGAACGUUUAGCUGAAUUAGAGGCAUUAUUAGAAGAGGAAAGGAAAAGGCGACAGGAAGUAGAAAGGAAAUUAAAGAGAGUUGAAAUCAUGUAUCAACAAAGACAACAACACAUCAUGAUGAAUGAUGGUAACACAACAAUUACUUCUUUUACUCUUACCCCUGAAAGAGAAGAAGACAUAAUUUAUCAAUCAUUAUUAUCCAGAAUGAAUGAAUUAGAAUUGUCAGUUAAACGUGAAAGUCAGGCACGAAAAACUUUUGAAGAAAAUUUGUUAAAUACGAUGGAACAACUACAAAAGAAUAGAAAUUCAAUUACAAAAACUCGUAGAAAUACAUUUGUUCCUAAUGAAAAUCAGUCACCAAUGCCAUCUACUCAUCCUAUGACUCGAAGAAUUAGGGACAGAACAUCUUCUUUAGUAAACGUAGGUGUUAUUAGAAAAUCUAUAGAAAGUAAACCAACUAUAACAACAAUGAAGAAUAUUAUUUCUAAAAAUAAUAAUAUUAAUCAAAGAAAAACCUUAAGAGCACAGUCUGUACCUCGCAAUAGUAGUAGUAGUAGUAGUAAUAGCAAUAGCAAUAAAUACAAAAAAAUAGCUGCUUAUACAUAG